CGAGUUGCUUGUUAUUUUCACCGUCGUGAUAACUCGCGUUAUUACAACGCUCUUUACGCGUUCCGCUUUCGCCGUCGUGCAAAUAACGUAAUAUUAAUUGUUAUUAACGUUGUUGCGGCUAUCUGUUAUCAUAUUGUACACUAGGUAGGCGUUCUCGUAUUUUAUAUUUCUCAAUACACGUUUGGUUGUUGUGUGGCUUUUAAAAAGCAGACCGAAAAUAGUAAUAUUAUCGUACUCUGCGAGCACUCUUUCCGGUAUCUUUCUUCACGAGUCAUUUUGAAGCGUGCGUCUAACUUCGAGUACGCGUAGUAGGUACCGUUCGCCGUCGUCGAACACCACACGUCCGAGUGCGAGUCUCAUCCUCCGUCGUAAGUAUUUACGGGUUGCUCGUUAUUUACACCGUCGUGUUUACUCGCGUUAUUAUAAGUUAUAACCCCACGUACGCGUUGUCCACGACAUAAUAUUUCGCCGACGAUAUAAAUUAUCCCGUCAUAAAAAGUGUCCGCCGUCGUCACGUCCAUCGCCGCCGUGCCAACGACUUACAUUUUCUAUUGUCUCAUCGACCAAUUCCCUCGUAAUUUGUUGCACCGAAGAUUCUACAGUACGCGCAAAGCACUCGCUACUAGCCGUGAAUUGUUUGGAACCCACAUCUACGAUGGCAGCUAACGACAAUAAAACAUACAUCAUACCCAGUCUUUUGAAGUCAGCUUACCAUGCAUGUAUCAAGAUCCACCGGGACAAGUACGACGAGUUGCGAGUUCCAGAUGUCGACUUGCAAUUUUGUUGCAAGUCCAUUUACCGAAUCAUAAGAAUGAACACGGAGAGUGGGAAUUUUGACUCAUUCAGCGAUAGGCGGUUCAUGUAUAAUAAAGUGCAGAAUUAUGCUUAUGACGAGUCAAUGAAAAACAUAUGUGAAAAGGCUGCAUCUUUCGGACACAUCGAUUGUCUAAUGUUGGCUCGCGAGAUUGGCGUUCCCUGGUCCGAUUCGAGCGAGUAUGGUCAAUCGGCAUGCUCCCAGGCUGCGAGAAAUGGACACCUAAUGUGUUUGAUUUAUGCUCAUGAAAAUGGUAGUCAUUGGGAUGAAAGAACAUGUUCUGAUGCUGCAAUGAAUGGAAACCUCGCAUGUCUUAAAUAUGCUCAUGAACAAGGAUGUCCAUGGGAUGUGUCUACGUGUCAUAACGCUGUAAAAAUGGGAGACCUUAACUGUCUUCGGUAUGCUCAUGAGAAUGGGUGUCCUUGGGACCAAAAUACAAUAUGUUCUAAAGCUGCAUUUAGUGGACGCCUUGAGUGUUUGAGGUAUUUACACGAAAGUGGUUGUCCAUGGGACAGGAAUACGUGUUAUGGUGCUGCAAAAAAUGGAUAUCUAUAUUGUCUGAUUUAUGCUCGUAAACAUGGAUGUCCAUGGGAUAAACGCACGUGUACUGCGGCUGCGAGUGGUGGAUUCCUCGAAUGUCUCAGAUACGCCCAUGAAAACGGGUGCGCGUGGGAUGUAGAAACGUGUUAUGAAGCUGCGAUAAAUGGACACUUUGCUUGUCUGCAAUACGCCCAAGAAAAUGGGUGCCCAGAUCUGAUGCUCAGAUUCGGUUGGUGAAUAAUCAACCAAGUAAUUAAUAACUUUAUUACAGUGAAAAUACCAUAUUAUAACGAACUUUCAAUUGAUAAAAUUUUCUGUUUAAUGAAAUAUUUUUAAAAAUCAAACCAAAUUAGAACCGUGUUUAUAUUGUUUUAUUUAACUUGUUGAGUUAUCACUAAUUUUUUGUUGAACGUAACACUUUAAUUUCGGAAACAUACUGGUUUUACAAUGAUAAUUUUUCUUUUUAAUUAUUUUACAUAUUUAUUAAUGGUAGCAUUGCUUGUAGAUUAUGCAAGUAAUAGUUAGUGAUGUAAAUUUGUUUAAUAAAAAUGUAUAAUAUUUAAUUAUACAUGAUGUAUAGAACUAUUUUAUACAAUGGUGUUCAAUUUGUUAAAAACUUUUUAUAAUUAUAAUUUUCUAAUUAUUAAAUAUAUUUUUAUAUUUCUAUUAAAUUUUUCUAUGAAUUAUGUUAUAUUUAACUUUAACUGUCAAAAGUCUUGUUAAAAUUAUGAUUUAUGUUCAUUAAAUUUUUAUUAUUUACUUUACUUGUUUACUCUUGUUGUCUUGCUUAUUUAUUUAAUUUACAAUUUCUCUAUUAUUUUAUACACACGAUUCAAUUUUCAAAUGUGAAAUGUAAAAUGCUACAAUGAUUGAGUAAUCAAAUUUAAAUUUUUUUGUAAUUUAAAAUUUACAUAUCUUUUAAAACAGGAUGUUAUUUCAAGACUAAUAUGAUAGUGAGAAUUUUGACUCAUUCGGUAAUGGACGAUUUUUUUUACAAUGAUGUUUUUUUGCUUUGUUAAUUUUUUUAUAAAAUAAUUUUAUAUUUCUAUAAAUGGUUGCAUUGGUUGCAGAUUAUAAUAAUAACAGUGAUAUAAAUUUGUAUAAUAGAAAUGAGUAUCAUUGUAUUGUACACAAUGUAUAGAAUUAUUUUAUAGAAUGGGGUUAAAUUUGUAUAAAAUUUCUUUUCUUUUGCUAAAUUGAAAACAUUUAUUUUGUAAAUUGUCACAUUGAUGAAGACCAAAGUAUUUAAAUUUAUAUUUGUUAAAAUUGUUAUUUAUUAAUACUCAAAUAUUUUUUUUUUAUGUACAGAGCUGUAACUAUAAAGAUGAGAAAACUAAAGUAUGAUUCAUGUUUUUUAAAAUUGUUAUUAAUUACUUUACUUGUUGACUUAUUAAUUUUGAAAUUAAUUUAUAAUAGCUCUAAUUUGUAUCAAUAAGGUUCAAUUUUCAAAUGUGAAAUGUACAAUGCCACAAUAGUUGAAUAAUCAAUUUUAAAUUUACAUAUUUUUUAAUAUAGGAU